UCAUACCACAUUGGGAUUACAGCAAUUUGCAAAUUUUCAUAGAUCAUCAGGAAAGAAGUGAAGCCAAAGGAGGACAAACUUUGUAGGAACUAACAAGCUCCUGGACUGGAGGACUAAAGGAAGACGAGGCGAGAGAAAAAGGAUAAACUAAAACCAAUUUGAGCUUGUGAAUAUACUUUUUUUGCAGUCCAUCUGCUGCCAGGCCCCAGACCUGUUGGACCCGAGUUGCUGGUGCACACACAACAUUGAGUAAUUUUCUCAGCGUCAGCCAGUUGACCGGUGAAGUCAGUGCCGUAGGGAAGAUUGGCAAUGAUCCGCUUUCGGCUUUGCCAGAAGUGUCAGGGCCAUCGUUGUUAGAGCUCAUUGUGUUUUGCAGUGGUGCACAGAGUGAGAGAGCGCGGGCAGUGUGUAGUAAUCUAAGGAUGACACCCGCACUUUAUUCCAUCAGAAGUGCUCAGUGAGGUGUGUGGUGUAGCUCAUCACACUUUGUCUCUGCACUACAAACACACACACACACACAUAUUUUAAACCCCCGUAUUUGCACAUACAAACACGAGAGCUACACACUCCCAGAGACUGACGAUGCAUUGGAUCGGAACUGUGUCCAAAUCUUAAACACAGCAGACUUUCAGAUCGGGGUGUAUGAGUGGAGUGCAUCCAGUGGAGCAUGUUGGAAAGCAAGAGUUAGGCAGGUCGAUGUUGCACGAUUACACUGUCUGAUAGCCUGUGAUUAUUCUGAGGAGUCUAAAAUUACCAUGUAAAAUUGCUGUCCAUUUACGCUACAGUGUAUGCAUGAUAGCGUAUUGAAAGAGAUACCAUUCAAGCGAAUAAUGGUAGAUACCUCAUGAAAGUAUAGUCUCUGGGGUAAAAUAGACUAAAAAGUGUAAUAUCUGAAACUAAAGCAUCUGACUGCAGUUUGCUCAACCUCUUGCAGGUUGGCUAUUCUACACGGGGCAAGCACUUCCACUCUGUCUUUAUAGAGCAGCACUCAAGCUCAAUAGAUUUUAUUUAACCUUAGCUAUCUCUAGAUGAGUUGUAGUGAGAUAGUGUCUCCAUCUCUCCAGAGGCCUGGCCGGUUUGGUUAAAGCUCAAAAGAACUUUGACUUCUGCCUACUGAUUUGUCUGGUGAGAAGUGCAGAAAACCUUGUUUAACUCAUUAAAAUACAAUGUGUUAGAGAAUGAGCAAUGUUGCCCUAGAUUUCUCUCUGUACUCGAGGGCACGAUAGCUCUAUUUCAAAAGUUAGCAAUACACUCUCAGAGCUCCUCUACUGAUUUAUAACAGCAAAACCCCUGCACCAUAUGGAUUUAAGACAAUGCAUGUCGUAAGUUGUUUCUAAGCAGCACAAGGUGCUAAAGUCAACAGUGGAACUUUUUGUUGCUCUAAGCUGAUCUCUGUGUGCAUUGUGAUAUAGUGUCUAAAUCACUAUCUCUGUUAGUGCCCUGAGCUCCGGCCAAACGUCUGUGGAUUGCAUGCAAGCUCUGGCUACAAUUCAGUGUUAUGUGAUUUAGCAAAGUUUCUUUGCAUGUGUUGUGACGCAGUGUAGCACAUAAGAGUCCUUUAUUUAAGUGUUGUCCUCAAACAACAACUUCUGUCUGAUUGCACUGAAGUAAAGCUGGGCAGUUAGUGUGUGCACGUGUCUGCAGCAUUGCAGUUGAGAACAAAUCAGAGUGUGUGUGUGUAUGUGGACUGGUUUGUCUGUAGCAGUGCAGGCAGGGUCACAGAGGAGCCAUUGAUCAAACGUGCACAUACACACAUACACACACACAGCUUCUCAAUACACAAUGAGGCCUGUCCUCUGCCACCUCCUCCCUGCCCCCUUCUCUCUGGCCCUACGCAGCCUGGUCCUGGUCCUGCUCUGCAUCACUCCCCGUUGUCAGGCGGUGCAGGCGGAGAAUGUGACCGUCUUGGAGGGAGGUACGGCCCAGAUCUCCUGCCGCCUGCAGAACUACGAUGGAUCAAUCGUGGUUAUCCAGAAUCCCCGCCGGCAGACCCUCUUCUUUAACGGCACGCGAGCCCUGAAGGACGACCGUUUCCAGAUGGUGCUCUUCACCCCGCGGCUUGUGCGCAUCACGUUGACCAACGUCAGCGUGACGGAUGAGGGCGGCUACUUCUGCCAGCUCUACACGGAUGCCACGCACCACCAGGUGGCGACGCUCUCAGUUUCGGUGCCACCGGAGACGCCCACGGUGGAGGUGAAGCAGGAGGCCAUAGAGGGCGGCGAGGUGGAGCUCACCUGUAUGUCGCCGCGCAGCAAGCCGGCUGCCACCCUGCGCUGGAUUCGUAACGGCCGUGAGAUACCAGGUGUGGUGUCCCAGCAGGACAACGCGAAGACGUUCAGCGUGUCCAGCACCAUCCGGAUCCCGGUAGAAAGGAAAGACAACGGGGCGGCGCUGAGCUGCGAGGCGUCCCACCCAGCACUCGCCGGGCAGAAGAGGAUUCGACACUAUCGCCUGGAUGUGUAUUUUGCACCAACAGUGAGAAUUGUUCCUCCCUCUGGCAUUUUGCGAGAGGGCGACUCGCUCAGCCUCACCUGCUCUGUCACUGGGAACCCUCUGCCCAGGAACAUUCAGUGGUCCAAGAUUAAUGACACCUUACCCGAGAGGGCAGAGAUUUCCGGCCCCACCUUUCAGAUUUCCCGUCUCAGCCAAUCACACAACGGAACGUACUUGUGCCAGGCCCAGAACAACUAUGGACGUGCUGCCGAUCAUUACACCCUACUGGUGUAUGAUAAUGUGUCAGUCACUACCACGGUCCCUCCCACUCCCACCACCCAACCAAUCACCUCCCAUCCCGCCACCCCAACCCUCCUAACACACAGCUUCGCUCUGGACCCGAAAGAUCCCGGUGCAGUGGUAGAGACUCACAGUGCAGCACCAUAUGCAGUGAUAGGUGGUGUUCUGGCACUGCUGGUUUUCACCGUCAUCUGUGUCCUCAUCGUCACCAUCUGGUGCUCUGUUCGACAGAAAGGUUCCUAUCUUACCCAUGAGGCCAGUGGGUUGGAUGAACAUGGUGAGGUGCAGGAGGCUUUCCUCAACGGGAACGACGCCAGCCAGGGCAAGAAAGAGUACCUACUGUAGCCCCUCUCCUUCCCUAUCCCCUUCUCCUCUGACCUCACCCAUCCCCCCCUCCCCCCAUCCCUUCCUCUACCUGUCUCCCACCUUAUAAACA